UGUGCUGAUCACUCCACCCACCCACUUCACCUGCGUUGUCUCCCUUGCCAUCGACGCCUUCCAAACCCGCCUUCCCGCCUUCCCCACCCUCCAACCAGCGCACGAUGGGGCUGUCGAAGAAGCUGUUCGUCGGCACGGAGGAGCUGUUUGUGCGCUAUGCAGGGUUUGUUGGCCGCAACCGAAACGGCCGUAUCCUGGCGCUCGUGGGCGUGCUGCUCAUCGUCGCCUUCCUGCCUGGCUUUGCUGUUGUCGAUGAGGAGAGCCGCAUCGAGAAGCUUUAUGUGCACGAGAGGUCGCGGCUGCAUGGCGAGUACGAGUUCUUCAGGGACCACUUUGGAGGCCUCUCACGCGUCCAGGCCACAAUCCACCAGAGCACCAGCGGAGAGACAGCGACCAAGGAAACGCUGGACUCGAUCCUGACAGCUAUCACGCCCAUGUACAAGGAGGACGAGACCAACCUGUGCAACUUCUAUGACGGUGUCGCCACUUCCCGCCCAGCCCUUUGCAACAACACCGCGUAUGCCAGCAACAUCUACUGCUCGUGCGAGGAGAUUGCCGGCAGUCCAAAUCAGAUCUCCAUCACCUGGCCCGCCAACGGAAGGGAUGAAACAAUCACGCAAAAGGACCUGUGCGAGGCGCCACCCGUGCCCGACGUCCUCAAGAGUGCAACGGAGCUGUCGUACGAGCCAACUGACCCCGGCGCCACCUCCUCCGCCACGUUCCUGGAGUACGAAGAUCUCGUCUACACCUUCCGCUCGGGUUCGCUGAGGAACGACCCCGUGUACCGCACGUACCGCGCGACUGCCAAGCAGCUGUGCGUGGACGAGAUCCAGCGGCAGUGGGCGUCGCGCGCAUACGAGGACAUCACUGCGGCCGUCAUCCAGUGCUAUGCGCGCCUGAACGCAGAGGUGUUUGGCCCCGUAUAUGGCGUCAACACGGAUGCGACGCUGGACACCGCUGGGCUGCAGGCGCUGUGGGAACUGGCUGUGCGCGGCGAAACCAACAGCACCGUGCUUGAGUUUGCAUACAACAACGCAACGACAGGCGCUGCACUUGGGACACAGGCCGUGCAAGCGUGGAAUCAGACGCAGGAGACGGUGAACGCUGCGAGUUUCCUCGUUGCGCAGGCAACUGCUGCGGGCUUUGGUGCCACACGUGCCCAGUUUGCACAGGAGGGGCGAAUCAUGUCGUAUGGCUACGCCGAAACAGCACACUGCGUUGCACAGUACCAGCGGGAGAACAGGGCAGCAAUUCUGGCUGCGGUCGGCCCGAGUGUCAUGCAAUCGCGCGAUCUCGAAGACAACGGCGUGAAGGACUGGGACGACGCAGGCCUCGCUGCUGCCUUUGCCUCUCUCGAAGCGGCGGCCGUCGGUGGUGCGAACAUCACAACGGACACGGCUGCACAGGGUGCGGCGCUCGCUGCGUAUGCGGGCGCAUCUGUUGAGCCGUUCAACUCAACCAUCACCCAACAGGAGCAGGCCCUGGGCAUCACCUUCAACACCACGGGUCUCGCCGCUGCGCGACAGGAGGCCGAGACGCGCUUCGCCCUGAACCUCGCCAUGAACGUAACAACAUUCACUGCCGCAGACGUCACAGCGGUGGAGAACGCCUACAGCACAGCCGCCCCCGGCGCCAGCAACGCCUCCGAGGCCGCAGCAACCGUUGUCACCGCUGUUGCUGUCGAAUUUCAGCUGGCACAGGCCGCCCUGCCCGCCGUGGUUGAGGCCGUGCUCACGUCCCUGCAGGCACCGUCGCUGCUUUUUCCGGACAUUGUCACACUGAACGGGACGGUGCGCCCACUGCCGCGCGGAUGGGGCAUUGAUCGCUUCCCUUGCAGCCGCUCCACGGGCCUGGACGUGUUUCGGGAGGGCGACUUUGACCUUCCAUAUCGCAUGAAGCAGCUGGACCGCAUGUCGCGGUACAUGUACUACUUCUAUACCCUGCCCUACUUCCAGGAUGCAGUGGAAGAUGCAAACUGUCUCGAGACAUCCCUCCUCGCCCCGCUGCGCAACGGCAUCUAUUUGGAAGGGCUGCAAAACUACCCGGCGCUGUACCAGCAGAUCAACUUUGAUGCCAUUGCCGCGGCGGAGGCAGCGUAUCUCGCCAACGCGGCAGACACAGACGCAGCAGAGCAGGCGGCAAAGGAUGCAUUUGUGGCCAACGGUUUCUUCAUUGGCAUCGAUGACCCCUUCAAUCCCGUCAACCUCACCACCCCAGCAGGGCAGGCGUUCCUCAACACCACCAGCGGCACGACCGUGCUCGACGCCAUUGCCCGCGCCGUGGGCACUUCAGCUACAUCUGUGGUGCAGGUGGACUCGCAGUUUGUGCAGAUUGUGGAGGCGUUUGUUGGCUUUGGGUUCUGGUACCGUCCCACGUAUGGGUCGCACCCGCUCGCCACCGCAACGCUCAGCGACGCCGAAAUCGUGGCCGUGUACGACAGCGCCAUCGCGGCCGCCCCCAACCCCGACAUCACGGUUGCGGAGUGCAUUGCCGGCAACACGGAUGCCAGUACCUUGCAGGGGGACCCCGUGCUCUCGUGCUUCCUCACGUGGUCCGGCCUCAAGCUCCCAUACGAGCUGGCGCUCGGCCCGCUCACGUUUGAGAACGCGACGGCGAGCGUGCCCUCUGCCGCGUCCGGCCGCCUGGUGAGCGUGCGGUCGCAGCGCACGGGCGGCAACAACUACAACUCGGAGCACCACGUGUUCCAGGACAGCAUUGACGAGCUGCUGGACAAGACGACGACCAAGAGCGAGCGAGAGGCCAUCCACCGCCGCUUUGAGCGAGCCGUGGCAGACCACUACGACGCCCUGUGGAAGCGCAACGCGGGCACGGGCUUUGCUGACGGCGAGGAGUUUGAGGACCAGAGGUUCUACUUCACGCUCGAGCGCUCCAUUCCAGACACCGUGGCCGAGGCUGGCAAGAUUGAGCCGGGCCUGCUGGUGGGCGGGUUUCUGUGCUUGCUGGCGUAUGUCAUGCUUGUCUCCGCCAACUUCCGCAACGCCAUCUACAGCCACGCGUGGAUUGCCUUUGCCGGCGUUGUUCUCAUCACGGCCUCCACUGCCGCUGCUCUUGGCUUCUCUGCAUACUGCGGGAUCGAUUUCACCCCCAUCUCCAGCAACGUCGUACCCUUUGUGGCGCUCGGUGUUGGCAUAGACGAUGUCUUGGUCAUUCUGGCCGCGUUUGGAAACGCGGUCCUGCGGCCCGCCAGCGACCCCGCUGACGUCAUCAAGACCACCAUGGCCGAUGCCGGGCCAAGCGUCUCGUUCACCAGCCUCACCAACUUUGUGGCCUUCUUUAUUGCGUCCGCCACCCCCGUGCGCGUUGUGCAGCUCUUCUGCUACCAGAUGGUCAUCUCCGUCGCUCUCAACUACGUGCUCAUCCUCACCGUCUUCGUCCCACUCCUGUACCUCGAGGCUCGCCGCGUGCAUGCGCAGAGACCAGAGGCCCUCUGCGUGUGCCACCGCCCCGGCACGCCUGUCCCGAAGCAGGCGCACCCGCUGCUGGACCGCUUCUUCAGCCGCCACAUUGGCCGCGUGCUCAUGACCACCCCUGCCCGCGUGCUGGUGCUGGUGUGCGCCGCCAUCGCCAUUGGCCUCUCCAUCUGGCAGGUGUUUGACAUCCAGCGCGGCGUCCUGUUUUCCAGCGUGGCCACCGAGGACAGCUACCAGUACGAUUUUGCCGUGCGCCUGGAGAGCGACUUCACCAUGUACAACGGGUACCUGGUCACGGAGUCGGAGGAUUUCCCCGCCGCGCAGCAGAACAUCCUCAACGCGGUGGCGUCGCUGCAGCAGAGCCCGCGCGUGGCGGACAGCGCCCCCGUCGCCAGCAUCUUCUGGCUGCACUCCAUGCUGCUGUCGCAGACCGGCAACUCCACGCAGCCCGUUGCGGAGGAUGACUUUUACCCGCAGUUCUCCGAGUGGCUCGCCGCGCUCGGCAUCACGUUCCUGCCCGAUCUGUACUGCAUUGACUCGCGGUACGACACCCCCGUCAGCUGCUAUGACAUUGUCGGCGCGUUUUCCACCCCGCGCGCCUUUGGCUCCAACGCAAACGUGCGCCUAGCUGCGUCGCGCGGGCUGUUCUACAUCAGCAACGUGCGCUACCAGGAUGACUACCUCGAUGCCAUUCGCUCCACGCGCAGCUACACGGAUGCCGCCAGCGACGCGUACGACAACGAGGACGACCCUGAUUACCGCAGCUUUGUCAUCUCCUAUGUGCACAUUUUCUGGGAGCAGUACCUGCACAGCUACCGCGACCUGUAUGUUGUUGUUGGCCUGUGCCUGCUCGGCAUCUUCGUGGCCACGUUUCUGUUCCAGUUCUCCUUUAUCACCUCCCUCCUCCUGUGCAUCGUCAUCUUCAUCGUGGACCUGGAGGUGUACGCGCUGCUGCCUGCGCUCGGGCUCACGCUCAACGCCUUCUCCACCACCAACCUGUGCCUGGCUAUUGGCAUGGCUGUUGAGUUUACGGCGCACGUGGCCCACCAGUUUCUGACAGAGGCUGGCGAGUCGCGUCCACAGCGCGUGCGGGCGACGCUACGCUUCAUGGGCACACCGCUCUUCAACGGCGCCAUGUCCUCGCUCAUUGCCGUCCUGUUCAUUGUCGGCAGCCGCACGGGGUUUAUCCGCGACUACUACUUCUCCAUGUUCUUUGCCACCAUUGUCAUUGCGUUUCUGAACGGCAUCAUCCUCCUGCCCGUGCUGCUGAGUCUCGUUGGACCCGCGCCUCUGGACGAGCGACACAAGGCGGCGCAGGAGCUUGCAGACGACAACGGCAACAACGGCGACGAUGCUGGUGGUGGCAAGGCGUACGAUGGUGGCGAGCACGGUGGUGUGACGCCCAGCAGCACCAUGGAGUUGGUGGGCAAGAGCAGCGACCAGGACACCACGACGGCGCCCUCGUUUUCUGCUGCCGUGGAGAAGCAAGAGCUUGAUGAAGAAGAGAAGGCAAAGGAACAGCAAGCGAAGGAACAGCAGCAGAAUGGCGACGACGCCGCCAAGCAAGACGUUGUUCAUACAGCCAUUGUGUGAAUGAACAUGAUGUGCGUGCGUGCGUGUGUGUGUGUGUGUGUGUGUGUGU